ACGCGUUAUGGCGCCAUCUAUUGAGUAUAUCAUUUAACUCGUACAGUUGUCAAAAUUUACAAUAAUAUCUUAAAAUCGGUGUAUUUUUGUAUGAUUAUUCAGGUAUAAAUGAGGGAUAUAAAGCGGAAAUAAAGCCUGCAAGAUGAUAUGAAUCAACGUCAGUUAGAAAUGUAACGUUUACGCCCACAAUGAAAACAUAACCUCAACAGUUCCUGCUAAAAGUUUUAUCUUUAUGCGAAAAUGGUUCUACCACCGAUUGUUACGGGUUUAUCCCCCAACGAGGGGCCUCCUGGAACACGCGUUACAAUCCGAGGUGAAAAUUUCGGUCAAAGACCCACCGAUUUAAUUGGAUUAACAAUUUGCGGGCAUGAUUGUUUAUUAUCUGCCGAAUGGAAAGCCCCUAGCAAAAUAAUAGCCAUUUCUGGUCCAGGGAAAGGUUUUGGAGAUAUCAUUGUAACCACAAAAUUAGGAGGUAAAGGUACUUGCAAUGUCCAUUUCAAAGGUUAUUACGAACAUAUUGGCCCCAUGAAAGAAAGCGCCGUUUGGGUGGAAGAAAAACCUUUUCACACAUUUCGUCAUUCCUUAUCAGCAAGUAGUAUCCAAAUAGAUGACCCAUUAGGGUUAUCCGAUGAAAGCAACGAGAAAAAAAUCCCUGAAGAUGACCUUAACGAUAAAUUCCCAGGAAGUUCUGGUGAUUUAACCUCAGAAAAUUUCUCACCAUGUCGAUUUUUAUACGAAAACCAUCACAAAACCAAUUUUAACGACCUACAAGCUGGGUUGUUGCAUUUAAGACGCAAAGUGGAUGGCCAAAAAGAAGGGAGAUUAUCAUUUUUAAAGACAAACAUUUCCGCUGUACUUGAUCAAAUAGAUACAUUAAUGGUGCUUAAAGACAAAUUCGAAAAAGACGUCAAAGAAUAUUCGCCUGAACCCACAUUAAAAUUUGAAAAAGCUAUAAGAGAAUCCCAAAGAGAAGCAGGGAAAUNUCAGAAUACUUGGGGAUACAAUCAACUCACUUAUUAUUAUACUUUUAAAGUUGUUUUAUUGAUUGAAUCAACAUUUAUUCAAGUAAACACAUCUUAA